CUGAUGCAACGUUUUGACAUCUGAUUUGCCUCCUGCCAAAUUAUUCCAUCUGCACUAUAACCAAGUUUAAAUAUUGGAGUUAUUUAGUGCUUAAUAAUACCUGUAAUUAUGGAUGAAGAUUUGAUUUUUGACCCUUCUUUAAAGAAGAAAAAGAAGAAGAAGACUGGCUUUGAUAUGGACGCUGCCCUUGCAAGUGAACAAGGCGAUACCACGAGUGUUGAGGCGCCUGCUGAGUCCGGUGACGUCGACGUCCCCGAAGAUGAAAACAUGGACUUGGAUAAUUUUGGUAAGAAGAAGAAAAAGAAGAAGAAGACCUUUUUCAACUUAGACGAACUGGAGAGCGCGUUGCCUGAAACGAAAGAGGAAAAACCGCCAUCGGAAGAACCAGAGCAACAGGAGGAUGAAGUUAUAGAUGACUUAGAUCUAGAAAUAGAUUUUUCUAAAAGUAAGAAGAAGAAAAAGAAGAAAAAUAUUGAUGAACUGGUUAUUGAAGACGAUGCUAAAGGAGAUGAUCAAGAGAGAGAGGACGAUGUCCAUGGCGAUUGGGUUGGAAGCGAUCGUGAUUAUACCUACGACGAGCUUCUGGAGCGUGUGUUUGAUAUAAUGAGAGAAAAGAACCCCAGCAUGGUGUCCGGAAAGAAACAAAAAUUCAUCAUGAGACCACCUCAAGUCGUUAGGAUUGGUACAAAGAAAACAUCAUUUGCAAACUUUACAGAGAUUUGUAAAACCCUUCAUCGUCAACCAAAACAUUUACUAGACUUCCUCCUUGCUGAAUUGGGAACCAGUGGUUCUGUUGAUGGUAAUAGCCAGCUUAUUAUUAAAGGACGUUUCCAACAGAAACAAAUAGAAAAUGUUUUGCGCCGAUAUAUUAAGGAAUAUGUCACAUGUCAUACAUGUCGCUCCCCAGAUACAAUUUUACAAAAGGAUACUCGAUUAUUCUUCCUUCAAUGUGAAACUUGUGGAUCCCGAUGCUCUGUAGCCAGUAUCAAAUCUGGUUUCCAGGCAGUGACAGGAAAGAGAGCUGCCAUGCGUGCAAAGACUGCAUAGAUAAAUAGUGCUUAGUGGUAAUCAAUUUUACAAUUGAGGAUCCGGGGUACAUACAGUGAAUUUCCUUCUUCAAGUUUUAAAUCUUUUAAUAUAAUAUUAUAUUAGCAUUUAUUUCAGCUGUAAAUCUGGUGCUGAUUGAAUAUUAUGUUCUAAUGUAAAAUAUUAUGUAUUUCUAAGAAGCAGGUGUGUACUAUUUCCAUUCAUAUUAUGACAUUUUGUUACUGCGGAUACAUAUAUUUACUUGUUGUAUUAAUAUAUUUUACUGAUGUAAAUUGAGUGAUUAACUCCAUAUAUAUGAAGUAUUAUGUGGUCUCAAAUUUUUUGUUUAUUUUGGUUGCUGGAACAACAUUGAAUUGAAAUUCUGGAUGUACCCUACAUUAACCCCCAUAUGUAUAGCUCACUUCUGUAUUAUUCUCAUUGGUACACAAACUUUUUAA